GCCCCUCUCUGAUUCACUCUCACGGCGUGUGUUUGAGGGGACGGGUAGUUGGAGGAAGGAGUCGCCGGGCGGCAGUGCAUCGCAAACGCUCUUUUUUGGGACAGAAACGCCGCCGUACACCGCGCCGCAGACGGACGAAGGACCGACCCCCGGUGACGACUUCUGUGACACACUUCAACGCAACGACUGCGCCACUAACGAACCGCCGCACGCAAACCAGGCUAUCAAAUGCUAGCCAGCUAGCAUCCCAGCGAAAACGGACGGGAUCGAGGUGUUGAUAGCUAGCCUCCCAGCUAAUUAUCCGCCAGCUAGCAUCCUCCUGCCGUAGCAUCAUUAGCUCGCUCUUCCCGUCCGCGCACGUCGAAACUCCGCCGCUGCCCGUGGCGGUGCCGCACAGCUCGCCCAGCACCGACCCCCACAUCCCGACGAGACCAGACGCCGGAGCUUCCCGACCGGCUGCCGCUGCUGCAAGAGAGAGUGGUCCGCUUUUGCGCUGCAGCUGACACCAUCACACCCAUCUCCCCCCAACCCCUUCACCUCUGCCCCUCUCCCUCCACCCGAAACACUGGAAAUCCACAAGCGGCCGGAGGGCGGCGAAGGGCCGGCGAAGCUGGGGGUGGUAACGCUACCGGACUCGCAGGGAGUCGUGACGCCUGAGGACAAGCACAGCCGUGAGGAGCUACCGACGAGUAUGGACGGACUGGCCGUGGAAGUUCGCGGCUCGAAUGGGGCCUUCUACAAGGGUUACAUCAAAGAUGUCCACGAAGACUCACUCACAAUUGUAUUUGAAAAUAACUGGCAGCCAGAGAGACAGUUGCCUUUCAGCGACGUGCGGUUGCCUCCUCCGACCGACUACCACAAGGAGAUUGGCGAAGGAGAGGAGGUGGAGGUUUACUCCCGGGCCAACGAGCAGGAGCCAUGUGGCUGGUGGCUGGCGCGAGUCAGAAUGAUGAAGGGGGAGUUCUACGUGAUUGAAUAUGCAGCAUGUGAGGCCACAUACAACGAGAUUGUCACAGCGGAGCGCAUCAGGCCACUCAACCCUAACAGCCCUUCCUCUCGGAACUCCUUUCAUAAAGUCCCCGUCCCUGUCCCAGAAGACCUUAGGGACAUCUGUGCAAAUGACAACAUUCACAAAGAGUUCAGGAAAGCUAUCGGAGCCAACUGCAUCUUCUACAGCGCCCAAACACACGAGCUCAUUGUGCUGUCUACAAACGAAACCACAGUAAAGCGUGCAACUCUACUGAGUGACAUGCAUUUUCGCAGCAUCCGCACCAAGCUCAUGCUAAUGUCCCGCAACGAAGAGGCCACCAAACAUUUGGAGACGAGUAAGCAGUUAGCGUCCGCAUACCAAGAGGAGGUGCGGGUCAGGGAGGACCUGAUGGGCCUCGCCAUUGGCUCCCACGGUGCCAACAUCCAGCAGGCGAGGAAGGUGCCUGGUGUCACAGCUAUCGAGCUGGAGGAGGAAAGCUGCACGUUCAGGAUCUAUGGAGAGACCCCAGAGGCAGUGAAGCAGGCUAGAGAAUAUCUCGAGUUCAAAGAAGACUACUUUCAGGUACCCAGGAACCUUGUAGGCAAAGUCAUCGGCAAGAGCGGCAAAGUCAUCCAGGAGAUAGUGGACAAGUCGGGCGUCGUGCGCGUCAGGAUCGAGGGGGACAACGACAAAAAGCUUCCCCGGGAGGAGGUAGGCAGGCAGGGUGCUGUCAGGGACGACACUGCCAGCAGCAAAGAGGGCCUGGUCCCCUUUGUGUUUGUGGGAACGAAAGAGAACAUCAGCAAUGCUCAGGCCCUGUUGGAAUACCAUGUGUCUUAUCUCCAGGAGGUAGAGCAGCUGCGCAUGGAGCGUCUCCAGAUUGACGAGCAGCUCCGUCAAAUUGGGGUGGGGUACCGUGCUCCUCCCAGUCGAAGCGGGGGCCCAGGCGGAGAACGGGAGAAAGGCUACUUGACUGAUGAGAGCAGCAACUCACUCCACACGUCUCGCACCUACGGGGGCCGCGGCAGAGGACGCAGGGCCUCCAACAGUCAGUACUCUGGAUAUGGCACCAACUCUGAACAGUCCAACGCCUCUGAGUCUGAGGAUGUCAAUGAGCGAGACCAGCGACCCCGCGGCAUUGGCGGAGAUGAGAGAGGCUCCCGGCGGGGCGGCAGGGGCAGAGGCUCCAAUUCAGGACGAGGCCGCGGAGGGCCAGGGUCCAAGCCCUCCAACUCCAUCAGCUCAGUGUUGAGGGACCCAGACAGUAACCCAUACUCCCUGCUGGAAGGAGAAGGAGAGCUUGCUGAGGCAGAUCUCAUUGAAGGAGACCGCCGCAGACGCUCCCGACGCCGCCGCAACGACCAGGAGCCCAGCGUAAUGGACGCUGCUGCAGAGUCGGACAGCCAGGCCGGCCCCAGUGAGAACGGACUGGAUGAAGAGGCGCGACCACAGCGCCGCAACAGAAGCCGCCGCCGCCGUAACCGUGGCAGCCGUACAGAGGGAGGUUCAGCCAGCCGUGACAGACAGCCUGGUGAGAGUGUGACUGUUGCCGACUACAUAUCUCGUCCUGAGUCCCAGAGCAGACAGAACCUGCCCCAGAAGGAAAACCACACUGGCCCAGAGCCCAAGGAGAACGGCACCAGUGCCAAGAAGGAUGAGACACCACCCUCCAAGCGUUCCCCCAGCAAUGGCAUGACCUCGGCCAGCGAGACACUGACCCUGGUCAACGGGGUCUCGUAAAGAGACGGGCCCCACCCCUGGGCGAACCCAAGUCUAGAGCAAGACUCCAUGGCAAUCUCUGUCCCUGCUUGCAUUAACUUAAACCUUUAAACAGAUGAGUGAAAAGUACCUGACAAAAUACCUGAAUUCAUACAUGAGAGUGAAAAAGUACAAAAAAACGACAAACGCAUCUACUUAAAAACACACGUUAACGGUGUAUGCUAUCCUAUCUAUCAGUACGUAGUGCUUAUUUAAAAAAAACAACAACUAGCUUGCCAAAAAAGAGCUGGUGGAUAUGACUUGAUUUUUAAAAAUACCGAAACACGAGAAACAGGACGCGACUUUUUUCCUUUUUUUUUUGUUUUUUUGUUUUUGGACAGUUGUCUUUAUUUGUGUCUUUUCUUUUUUUUUUGUUCUUGUUAAUUUUGUUCAUUGUUUAUCACUGGUUUGGACUAGGCGGUCGCUUUCUCAACCAAAACAGACACGUCUCUUAACAGUGUUAAAGUACAGACAAGAGAGAUGUAAGCUGUAGUGAGGGGCGUACGAGAAGACAGUCCAAUAGCUUAUGUGACGCGAUGUUCGCACACUGAACCUGGGAGUUGAGACAGACGGAUUGGAAUAUUGAUAGACAUUGUGCCUUGAAUUUGAAAAAAAAAAAUAAAAUAAAAAAAAAACUUGAGUUUUUCCAUUUUAGUUUGUUUUUGUUUCAAGCGGAAGGAGAGAAAAAAUAGGUGUUCUUCCAGGUUUUUUUUUCUUUUUGGUACCAAUGAGAGAACAAACCUGUGAGGGAGGGAAAAAAAAAAAAAAAAAGAGGAUGAGAGAGAGGGAGUGGCCGGCCAUCACGAGGGGGAGAGAGAAGUCUGGUGCCAAACACGAAAUUCGAGGCGUUGUCAUCAUUCCGAGUAGAAUGGACAGCGUUGGGGGGUCGAUGCGUGCGUGCAUCUGUGUGCGUUUGUGUGUGCAAAGGUGAGAUUUGGCAACAACAAACCUAAACUGGGAAGGGGAUGAGGCAACGAACGGAAAUGUAGCCCUGGUCAAGUCGCAUUGGGGAGGCGUGUCUAUGUAUCAGCGGGCCUGAAAGAGAGCAAGGGGGAGUUAGGUGAUGUCACUUCCUCCUCUCACCUGUUUAAGUCUUUUCAAGGGUCCAGGGUGGCACCGGUGUAGCCGAGUUAACGGGACGGGCUGAGACCAGACGGACGGCAGAAUUAAACUCUAGAUUUAGACUCAAAGAGAACAAUACCGUGCCACUUUUCUCUGUCGGAGGAGGGGGCGGCGGUGCUUCCAGCCACACUAGUGUCUUGACGAACCACUGCAGCCAGCGCGGCUCCGGAAGCACACGAGGGCGACCACCUUUUCUAGGAUGGGGGGGGUGUUGCUAGCGGCGGUAGGGUAGACCACUGGAAACUGUGGGAUGGGGGACAGCUUCAAAUGACGCGAGAGCCACAUGACACACAGGCCCACAAUAACAGGUACACAAACACAUACACAAGAGGCGCACACACCAGGUGCGUCGGCGUGGUCGCCCGCAUGGCACAAAGUCGAGGACUGAAAAAGGAAAUAAACGAGCGAGGUGUCUGUCUUGUACCUGGCAGUUUGGGUGGACAAAUGGGAGUAAGAGAGGGACUCGAAACCUCAGUGGCUCUCUACUCGUGUUGUUACUGUUGUCUUGGUUACCGCUCUCAAGUUCUUUUUGUUGCUCUUUCCACAUCUUUAGAAAAAAACCCUAAUAUGAAAUAAAAAAUUGAAGUGAAAUCAACUUCUUCUCUGGAGACGAACUUUGAUUUCUCUGUCUUGUGAGUUUGCAGUCUAUUUUUCUAACUUGCAUGGCAUUUAGUUAAAGUAGUAGGUGGUGCCUGUCCUGUGCAUGAGGAAAGGGUGUUAUUAAUCUGACUUACAAAGCCAUUGUUUCAUUCACUAGAAUUGCUGCUAAUGUACACAUUGAAUGUCCAACUGAAGUAGAAACUCUACCUUGAAGAGAGAAAGUUAAAAAAAAAAAGAAAAGACAAAAAAGAAUCCCCCACCUGCCCCACGCUCAUCUGCCCAGAUCAUCCUAGUUUCUAUCGGUGGACACACAAGUCAGGAAGGGACCCAUUCCUUUUGAAUCUCAUCAAGUAUUAAACUAAAAAGGGCAAACAUUGUGCAUGACAAGCGAGCGUCCACAUGACCAAAGGUUUUGAGAGACACAUGAAUGGGAGUGUGGCUGAAUGGAGAUGACCCAGAUGCUGCUGUUACACAUUUCUGCUCACCUGUACGUUGUGUUUUUAGAGAAUGAACGAGCACUUGAGUAUUUGUACCUUGGUUUCGGUCGCAUGGGUACGCGUGGAGAAAAAACCCUUACUUGUAUGUUUGCGUUUGCCUUUAUACCUCAUUGUGUGAGUACUGUAUUCCCUUAUGUAUCUGUAUCCCUCACGUCCCGUUGAAAGGCUGCUGUGCGUGCGUGUGUGUGCGUGUUUUGUGUGCGUCUGUGGAUGCUGGUUGUACAGUCGACUCCUCACUCUGUCAGAUUUUGUCUCUGGUUUUCUCACUCAUGUUCUGAUGGCAAUAAAGGACUUUUCAUUGUUUGGUA